UAUUUACUCACUCUCACCCAAACAGACAAACAAAAUCCAAAUCAUAAACACAUGACACCCAAUGUUCAAAUACCCCUCUGGGACUCCGCCGCCGCAGACGGAGGACCGGUCUCCCCGUUCUCUCCCAAUGCGCCCGACACCGCCUCCUUCUCCACCGAUCAUUUCCGGAUGUUCCACUUCAAGGUCCUCACCUGUCCACGUGGCAGGGCCCACGACUGGACCGAGUGUCCCUACGCCCACCCCGCCGAGAAGGCUCGCCGCCGGGACCCCCGCAAGUUCCUCUACUCCGCCACGGCAUGCCCUGAUUACCGGAAGGGGAACUGCAAGAGGGGUGACACGUGUCAGUUUGCGCAUGGCGUGUUCGAGUGCUGGCUCCACCCUUCUCGCUACAGAACCCACCUCUGUAAAGACGGGACUAACUGCCGCCGCAGAGUUUGCUUCUUCGCUCACACCAACGACCAGCUCCGCCUCACACCCGAUUCGUCCUCUCUUUCCUCUCCCACUUCGGUUAUCACCUCUUCCUUCUUCGAUUCUCCACCCUCUUCUCCUUACGUCCACAACAUACAAGAGAUAGUUAGUUCAAUGCGGAAUGUUCAACUGGAGGAUGGACUUUUCUCGGGUUUGACCCGGUGCGUGUUCGGGUCAACAAGUGGCGGUAUUUUGAGUGGUAAUGGGUGUGAGGAAGAAGAGCCUGCUAUGGAGAGAGUGGAAUCUGGGAGAGAUAUUAGGGCGAGAAUAUACGCGAAGCUUAGCAGGGAGAAUUCCAUUGCAGGUUCUGCUCCUCACGUUGGAUGGGUCUCGGAACCGGUGAAUGGAUUCCGGGGCCUUUGAUUUCUCUCUCUACUGUUAACCUCGUAUGAUGCCAUGUCAAAUAAAAUAAAAUUUCAUGUACAUAGUUGUUGAGUUCUGAAGAGACUGUUGGGUGUCUUUGCUUUGUACUUCCCUGUCUAACAUUUUUUACCUUAGCUCUGCCUUUCCGAGAAUGGCUUCGCUACCAAUUGAUUGUAUAAUAUCAAAUGUUUAUUUUCGACUGUAGUUUUCUGUUACCACACCACCUUUGUCUCAGGAAUGUCAGAAAUCAGAAGAUUGAACAAUGGUGUCUGUUUUUUUUA